GAAUCAGACGCCGGCAGCCAAACUUGUCCCCUCCCGUAGAGUAGAAAGCAGCCGGGCGCCGGGGCUGUUGGGGGAGCCAGAACCGAGGUUGGGAUCGACUCCUUUGGCCAUGCUUGCUGCUACCUGUAAUAAGAUCGGCAGCCCCAGCCCGUCUCCCUCCUCCCUCUCGGACAGCUCAUCUUCCUUCGGCAAAGGCUUCCACCCCUGGAAACGUUCCUCGUCCUCCUCCUCCGGCAGCUGCAACGUAGUGGGCUCCAGUCUCUCGAGCUUCGGCGUGUCGGGCCCCUCCAGGAACGGCGGCUCGUCCUCGGCCGCGGCGGCUGCCGCGGCGGCGGCGGCUGCCGCUGCGGCCCUGGUGACCGACUCGUUCAGUUGCGGCGGCUCGCCGGGCUCUAGCGCCUUCUCCCUAACCUCCAGCAGCGCUGCCGCCGCUGCCGCGGCAGCCGCCGCCGCCGCCUCGAGCUCUCCCUUCGCAAACGACUACUCGGUGUUCCAGGCCCCUGGCGUAUCGGGGGGCGGCGGCGGCGGGGGCGGCGGCGGCGGCGGCGGCUCCUCCGCGCACUCGCAGGACGGCUCCCACCAGCCAGUGUUCAUCUCCAAGGUGCACACCUCUGUGGACGGGCUGCAGGGCAUCUACCCGCGCGUGGGCAUGGCGCACCCAUACGAGUCGUGGUUCAAGCCCUCGCACCCCGGCCUGGGCGCCGCCGGCGACGUGGGCUCGGCCGGCGCCUCCAGCUGGUGGGACGUGGGCGCGGGCUGGAUCGACGUGCAGAACCCGAACGGCGCGGCGGCGCUGCCCGGCUCGCUGCACCCCGCCGCCGGGGGGCUCCAAACCUCGCUGCACUCGCCGCUCGGAGGCUACAACUCGGAUUACUCAGGCCUGAGCCACUCAGCCUUCAGCAGCGGCGCCUCUUCACACCUGCUCAGCCCCGCCGGGCAGCACCUCAUGGAUGGCUUCAAGCCGGUGCUGCCCGGCUCCUACCCGGACUCGGCCCCAUCGCCGCUGGCCGGAGCUGGGGGCUCCAUGCUGAGCGCGGGGCCGUCUGCGCCGCUGGGGGGCUCCCCGCGUUCUUCCGCCCGCCGCUACUCCGGCCGCGCCACCUGCGACUGCCCCAACUGCCAGGAGGCGGAGCGGCUGGGUCCGGCCGGGGCGAGCCUGCGGCGCAAGGGCCUGCACAGCUGCCACAUCCCGGGCUGCGGCAAGGUGUACGGCAAGACGUCGCACCUCAAGGCGCACCUGCGCUGGCACACGGGCGAGCGGCCCUUCGUGUGCAACUGGCUCUUCUGCGGCAAGCGCUUCACGCGCUCCGACGAGCUGCAGCGGCACCUGCGGACCCACACCGGCGAGAAGCGCUUCGCCUGCCCUGUCUGCAACAAGCGCUUCAUGCGCAGCGACCACCUCAGCAAGCACGUGAAGACGCACAGCGGCGGCGGCGGUGGCUCGGCGGGGUCAGGCAGCGGCGGCAAGAAGGGCAGCGACACCGACAGCGAGCACAGCGCCGCGGGCAGCCCGCCUUGCCACUCCCCGGAGCUGCUGCAGCCCCCCGAGCCUGGGCACCGCAACGGCCUGGAGUGA